AUGGUUAAAGUCAACUGUAUUAGGGAUAAACCUCAUAAACUUUAUUCACUCAAGGCAACAACACCCAAAGCAACAGCCCCCAAGAUAAUACUCAAGGCAACACCCAAAGCAACAGCCCCCAAGACAAUACCCAAAGCAACACCCAAGCCAACAGCAACUAAGACAGCACCCAAAGCAACAACAUCCAAGACAGCACCCAAGCCAAUAUCAAAGACAACACCCAAAGCAACAUCACCCAAGACACCCCCCAAGCCAGCACUCAAAGCCACACACCCCAAGCCAGCACCCAAAGCAACACCCCCCAAGCCAGCACCCAAGGCAACAGCCCCCAAGACAACACCCCCCAAGCCAGCACCCUAA